AUGGAAGAAAGGAAAUUCAAUCUCCAAAAAAGUGGCAAGUUAAGCACCUCUUCUUCGUCUAUGGGGAAUUCAGGCAGUCUUUCUCAUAGAGGAGCAGAAAUUUCUCCAUUGAGAGCUUAUAAUGAUUAUUCAAGCGUGGAAACGAGGAAAAUGGACCAAACUACGUUUAGAAGCAGCGAAGAAUUAACAAGAACUGCGACUUAUGUUAAUCCAAUGCAUUCUGGGAGAAUUUAUAAAGAAAUUGAGCAUAUGUAAGGUUUAGGUAGAAAUCGGAAUAAUUCGUCAAAGAAAAUGACACCAAAGCCGCCAUCUCAAAAACCUGAAAGUUCGAUUCGGUUUGAAGGAGCGGGAAGAAGGCAAUUUAAACGAGGAAGUGGGAGCAAGCUCUCAAAAUCGAAAUCGCCUAUAAGAUCUGUUGGGAAAAGGUCAUCAAAAACCCCAACGCCAAAUAUGAAUAUACAAUAUCUUCCAACUUCUCCAAAAAACUUAUCUCAGCCUGUAUCUAAAUUAUUCUAUAUCAGGCUGAAUUUACUGCUCAAAAUCCUUAAUUAUUGCCAUUUAUUUAAUGCUUGCAACUAAAUUAAGCCAGGUAUAAUUUCAAAAGUAUCACCAAUGGUUAGAGAAUCUAGACACAGCGAAGGAUUAAUUAUCCCAAAAGACCAAGCUGAUAUUAUAAGACAACACAAAAAAUCAACCCCGAUUGCAUUAGACAAAAAAUAUGGACAAGAUAAAAGGAUUAUUUUUAUGCCUUUUGAAAGCAGAGAUGACACCUCAGGAGCUGUAAUUUUUAACGAUCAUGGGUUUAUUGAAUUUCCUAAAGAAGAAAAACCAUCAAAAUUCGUGAAAAAUAAAACAAUAAGUGCAGAAAAUUACCAAAUUGAAGCUUUGCAAGCGCUAUCUUUUGUAAAGAAUUUUAAAAAGCGAAAAAAUUUUAAAAAAUGAAGAAAAGAAGUAAAAAGUGCUUUGUUUGUAAGAAAAAGGCAUGAAUUUGUGAGAAAUUUCUGGGGGAGUCAAGUUAUUGCAAUGAAAGAAUAUGUAAAAAUUAAAGAACAGAUAAAUACUUUUGCAACCAUUAAAGAAAGCUUUUUAAAUGAAGAUUGGUAUAGAAACAGUGCUGAAGAAUCAUAUAAAAAUAUCAUAAAUAGUGUCAACAAAUUAAUGCAAAAAAUUGGAUCAGGGAUUAAGAAAACUUUGGAUGAGUCUUUAAAGACAAAAUUUGGGGAUAAACUUGUGUAUAACAAAAUUGUCAAAAUUUUAGAAGAAAAGAAAAACUCUGGCGGCAGAAGAUUGAGGGAAACCAAGGAAAGCAAGCUAUCUCGAGAAAAAUUAUUGGAGAUAUUUCUCAAGCUGAUUUAUCUUAAAUAUCAAAGCGGAAUUGUUGAAUUAGUUGAAGACACAUAUCAAGGAUCACUUCUUUUAUUUUGCAGCUCAAAAAGGCCAAAAUUUGCUCUGGUACUUUCUAUUGAUGAUAUCUUAACUUUUGUUCCAGACCCUGAAGCUUUGACAGCUAAAAUUUUAGAAUCUCUUGAAGCUUUUAAACAAGCAAUUAUUAACCAUGCAAUACAUGAUGAAAUCAACUCAAAUAUUUUUCAAGCACAAAUGUUUAACUUUGAACAUAUACUGGAAAAUAAUGGAAUAUUAGCAGACACAAAUAAAAAUAUUCAGCAAAAUUUUAAUAAGGAUAUUGCACUUGCCAAAAAGUUUAUCAGUAAGUUCAAAUCCCUUGAACAAAUUAUACCAGUAAAAAAACAAUGAAUUACUGAUAUAGAAAAUAAAGAGAUCAAUAUCGGCUUAUUUUUUCAGAAAAAUUAUAAAAUUCUUGCAGGUUAUUCCAGCCAGCUAAACGAAUUGCCUUUUCCAAGCUUCAAAGCAGGAAUUUUUAAUAUUAAAACCGAAUCACUAAAAACACAAAUGCAAGGCUUUAUGGAUUCAAUAAAAAGCUUACUAAAAGAAAAACUUCCAGCUAUAAUUGUUAAUGAAAUCAACGAUUUCAAAGAAAAUAUAAGGACAUUUAGCAACCUUAUCAAUGAAAGAUAUUCAUCUAUUUCACAAAUUUCACAGCAUUGAAAGCAGAUUUCUGAGUUAAAGAAAGUUAAAUUAAAUGAGCUUGACAAUAAAAAAGAUUUUAUUACUGAGAGUAUAAAAUAUUUAAAAAAAGAAGGGAUUUCUGAAACAGCUAAUGUUCUUAAAGAAGAUUUAUCGUAUGACCAAAAACUAUUUAAUAAUCAAAUUAAUGACAUAGAAAAGUGUUAUAAAGAUUUGAGGCCAGCCCUAGAAGAGCAAUUACUCGAAAAUUCUUAUAAAUUAUCAAAAAAAAUCAAAAAGUUUGAAAGUAAAUAUAUUUUGCAUUAUCUACAAGACACACAAAGAAUUUCACAUGCAAGCAACACAUUAAAAGAAAUAGAGAAAAGAGGAGAAGCUUUACUUUCACUAAAACAAAAAGUCGAGCUUUAUGUAGAUUAUUAUAUUUCUUUACAAGAAUUAAAUUCAGGUAAUCCUUUAUCGUUUCAGCUUCAAUGCAGAGGAGAUUUUGAUAUAUUGCACACUCUUCAUAAAGACACUUUAAACCUAUGAAAAAUAGUCAUUGAUUGAAAAUCUUAUACUGGAAAAUGAAUGGAAACAAACUUUUCACAAUUAAAUGUCUCCAAAAUGCUUGAAGAUAUAAAAAAUAUUAACGAAAAAUUAAAAUUUGAUUGCUAUGAAAGCCUUCUGUUUACAAAAACAGCAGAAAAAAUAAUUAAAUCAAUAAAUGAAGAAAUUAAUGGAUUCCUAUGCAUGUCUGAAACAUUAAUUGAGCUGAAAAGUGAACUUUUAAAGCCAAGGCACUGGGAGAUGAUCGUAAAUGCAAUUAAAAAGCCUCAUUUAUUGAAUAUUUCUUUUAAGCUGCAAGACCUCAAAGAUUCAAACUUAGACCGAUAUGAGUCCAAGCUUAAACAUAUUUUUGAGCAAGCCAAAGAAGAAAACAAGCAGACUGCUUGUUUAUCAAUGAUUAAAUCUCUAUGGGAAAGCUUAGAAUUAUCCACUGACAUCUACAAAGGACGUUUAGAUACUUUUAUUUUGACAAAUAUUGACCAGGUUGAAUCUUUAAUAGAAGAGCAUUUAGCAUUGAUCGAAAGCAUUGACAAAACAAUUUAUUCAGAAUAUUUGCAAGAUGAUAUAACAGAACUUAAAGAAAAACUUACACUGAUGAGUGAUGUGUUAGAAACAUGGACAGAGUGUCAAAACUCUUGAAAGCAGCUUGAACCAGUUUUUAGCUCAGGAUAUAUGCAAGAGACUAUGCCAAAUGAGUAUGAAGCUUUCAAAGAUCUUCAAACUACACUAAGGUCCAUUAUGUGAAGUGUACACCAAGCACCAAAAGUGCUAAACCAAUUAUUGGCGCCUAAUAAAAGCACAGUCCUUGAAGAUAUAUCUUCCAAAAUUUGUGACCUCCGUAAGAAUAUCAAAGCUUAUUUAGAAAAUAAAAGAGCAAAUUUUCCAAGGUUUUUCUUUCUCUCAGACGCUCAACUCCUACAAUUUUUAUCACUUAUUUAUUCCCAGCAAGAAUAUGAUAAGCAUUUAUCAAUAAUUUUCCCUGGUGUUUCUAAAUUUUAUAUCAAAAAAUUGAACUCAAAUAAGCCUAUUAAAGAUGAAGAGGAAGAAGUUGACCUUGACGUCGCCCCUUUUAAUUGUUUUUCUCCUGCUGUCAAUGAAAUAAUUGAUCCUUUUGAAUUUUCGAUCCCUGAAAAUCAUGAAAUAAUUAAUAUAGAAAAUCAAGAAACUGAAAGCAAAGGAAAUGUACAAAUUUUGCAGCUAGAAGAAAGAGAUGAUUAUAUAGUAGCGAAACAAAGAAGACUGAGAGAAAAAUAUGGAGGAAGCGAGGUAGAAUUAGGUGGAAUGAUGCCUUAUGAAAUUUUAGGAAUGGUUGGACAUAACGGAGAACUUCUUCUAUUUGAAAGAGCUGUUGGGAUUCAUGAAGGAAUUGAAGGCUGGAUGGGUGAAGUUGAUCACCAAAUGAAAGAUACCCUUGCAAAAAUGAUUUCUUUUGCUGUAGCAACGUUCCCAAAACAAAGCUUAGAUGAAUGGGUGCUUGAUUUUCCUCAGCAAAUCAUAUAUACCUCUAUUUUAUUGAUUUUAACUCAUGAAAUCACAGAACUCAUGGAAGAUAAAGAUAAAGAAAAUUCUUCAGAUUCCGAAGUUAGUAUUGACAAAGAUGACCCAAUCCCAGAAAUUUAUGAAGAUCAUUUUUCUAACUCCCCCCCUGUGAGUGAGCAAAACCAUUGGAAAAAUCGCUAUUUUUUGCACCCUCCGUGAAUGAACAAAAUUUUUUUUAAUAGAAACAAAAUUUUAUUAAAAAAAUAUUGAUAUAUAAGUGGUAAUUAGUAUAAUGAAAUAUCGAGCUAAUUCUGUUUAAUUUUGAACAAAUUGCGUUUUGAAACAUAAAUUUUAUAAAUUAAAUUAAUAUUUGCUUCCCAAUUUUUGCAAAUUAGGAUUUUUUUAAAAUUUCCUAUAAAAUUUAUAUAUAAAUUUUUUUAAAAAAAUUAGCCCCCCUCCGUGAGUGAACAAAAUUUUUUUGUUCACUCACGGAGGGGGGAGUAAGGUUUAUUUUGGAAGCUCAGCUCAGUCUCAUUCUUUAGAACCUAGUAAAGAAGACCUUAUGCGAUAUUUACAGAGUAAAAGCUAUAAGGGUUUAUAUCUCAGGCUUCAAUUCUGGAUAAACCAAUUAAUAAAAAGUUUUCAAAAUGACCAGAUAGGAGGUCAGAAGCUGGUUCCAGUACAAAUUAUGUCUUUAAGAUCUUUGGUGUAUUUUUUAAGCUACCAAAGAGAUAUUGUCGGAAAUUUAAUUGAAAAAAAAAUUUACUCUACUGGUGAUUUUGAGUGGCAAAAACUGUUUAGGGUAUAUUGGAAAGCAAAUGAAAGUAUCAGUAAAAUUGAGUGUGGAGGUUUGCAUAUGAUUCAAGGCAAUGAAUAUUUGGGGACUUCAUAUAGAUUACUCUGCACUCCUAUUACUACAAGAUAUUAUGUGUUCAUAAGCAGUGUUCUCAGAGAAACCUCAUCUGUAUUAUUUAAAACCAAUCCAAGCCAUGACUAUGCAGGCGAUGUCUUUGAAGAAUUCAGCAAUCUUUGUGGGAUGGCCAAUAAAAGGAUUUAUAUAAGUUCAGACUCAAAAAUGCAAAUGCUAAUGCAAUGUUUAAAUGGGGCUGCCCUAGCUAAUGUUUGGAUUAUAUUUGAGCAUAUAGAUAGGCUUAAUCAUGCAAACCUACAGGUAUUGACAAAAGAAAUACAAAUGGUUCAGCAGCAGUUUCUUAUAGCUGAGGUUGGAGUUGAGAGCCAGCAAGAAGAUAGCAUGAGGGCUCCUAAAAAAGAUAGGCAGGUAAUAGAACCAAUCCCAGUUCCUGAAGCAGGCUCAAAAACUUUAAUAGAGAAGUCUGGCGUCGGGACUUAUUCAUAUCCAAGCAAUGAAAUAUCAGAUUCUGUAAUAAAAGAGCGGCCGCUAUUAAAAUACCCAAAUACUAUGUUUGUUGUUAUGGCUUCACUAUCACCGAAUCAUUUUCAGAAAGACAACGCACUUUUAUCAGCUUUACAAUUGUCAUUUAGAUGCAUGGAAAUGAUCAGGCCUGAUAUCAAAAUGAUUUCUUCGGUUAUGCUUAUAAGAGAAGGAUUUAGGUAUUAUCAGUCCCUCAGUGUUCUUAUCCAUAAAUUCACCAAAAACUUGAUUGAGAAAGUCGAUUAUCUGCUGGCAAUUACAAGAAGAGAUAUCAUGCUUUUAGUGUUAAUAGCAAAAAAGUUCAGAGAUAUCUGCAUAAGUGAAUGUGAUUUAGAACAAAACGAAAUAAAUUCUGUUAUAAAAGCAUGUAGAAUGCUGUUUUACCAAAAAAUCACGAUUCAAAGGUCAGGAAAUUUAAUUUUGAAUAAAGAACAGCUAAACAAUUCGCAAGAAAUUAUAGACUGCUGCGUUGAGAGAACUUUUAAAACUGAAAAAUUCCCAGAUUUUGAACAAAAUGAUUUAAGAAAAGGCCUUGAAAAAGUUAUUAAAGAAGAAGGAUUAACAAUCCAAGAGUCUCAGCUUCAGUUGUGUGAAGACAUUUAUCAUGGAUUAAGAAUAAAUAGAGGUGUUUUAAUAUUAGGCCCAUCUAUGUCAGGCAAAUCUACGUCAUUAUCUUUAUUAUCAUCAGCUCUCAAAAACCUCCAUAAAAUUGAAAUUAAACAGCACAUUUUGAACCCAAAUAUUUUUACUUUUAAACAACUUUUCGGAGCAUUAGCAGUUGAAAAAAAUAUUAAAGGCGGGAUUUUGACAAAAAUAAUGCAAAUAGUAAGUGAAAAAUAUGAGCAAGAAACAUCAUGGCUUGUUUUUGAUAGUAAAAAUAUAGAGCCUUGGUGGGCUGAUUCAUUUAUCCCAAUAUUAGAGACCUCACCUUUAUUAUAUUCAGAUACCAUUACUUUUGAGACUUGGGAAAUGUUGUUAACUCAUAUUUCUUCGAUAGCCAGCAGACAAGAUAUGAUUUCGCUACCAUCUAUGACUCAACUUAUAAUACCACAAAAUAUGUCGAUUAUAUAUACUGCAGAAAAUGCUUCCUCAGCUCCCCCAAGCUUAUUUACAAGAGUUAGUUCAUUAUUUGUUGACAAUAAAUCAUUAGAAUGGGAAGCAAUUAUUGUCCCAAGGAUAAAAACAAUUAGCAUGAAAUUGAUCCCUUAUGGGAUUACAAGCGAGUGUGAAUUUUAGGAUAAUAAUAAAAUGGCUUCGGAUGAAAAGAUAAUCCACUCCGUGAAUUCCUUUUACCUCUCCAAUUUUUAUUAUUAUGGGAUUAGGCUUUUAUGCAUGACUUCUGCACAAGAGGGAAAAAAUGGUGAUGAAUUUUAUACUUGACCACCUUGUUUAUCGUGCUUUACUCUUUCCUUGCUGAUAUAAAAGGUAGAACCCUUAGGUCGAACGGACGUUGGGAAAGUCAGAUAGAAAUAGACAAUCGCUAGGCCAAUAAUCUUUCCUGUAUUCUGGGUUCCCAAAAUGCUUCAAGGGACUAGGAGGAGCGAACCGAACUGUGAAGUUCGAAAUGAGCUCGAAAGAGAGUAGCGAUAAGAUGGGAGAAAAGUGUCUCACCCACACUGCAUAACUAGAGACCCAACUAGAUUUAGCUAAAUUAAUUUAAUUGAUUGAGUAAUUUUAGGGUUUUUUAUCGAAAAACUUAAACAUUUAAUUGAUGAAGCUGAUGAGCAAUUCAAAGAAUUGAGCCACUGAAAUAGCAAAAAUUUAAUGAUGGGGCUUAUAAGAAAUUUUGAAGUAUUCUUAAGAACAGGAAUUUUAGAAAUAUUUUCUCCAUUAGAAUUUGAAAAAAAUAUGAAUAUAUACACAGAAGUAGAAAUGAAUAAACUUGUAAAUAAAGAAUUUAUUCAUAAAAUCCCAGAAAUCAAUGAGCUGAAAUCACGGCUUGAAACAACUAUUAUUCAUUCAUUUGUAUGGUCUUUUGGUGCAAUUCUUAAUGGUGAAAACAGAAAAAUAUUUACUCCUUUUCUCUGUGAGCAAACAAAACUAUUAGAAAAAUCCCUAUUUUUGCCCAAAAACUACUCUCCGUGAGCGAACAAAAAUAUUUGAUUUAUAAGUUAUAAGUAUUAAUGAAAUCUCUAGCUAAUCUGUUUUAUUUUAAACAGCUUUUUCAAAACAUAAAUUUUACAAAUUAAUUUGCAAUAAAAUUAUUUCGAAUUACUAUAAAUUUAUAUAUCAUUUUUUUAAAAAAAAAUUAACCCCCUUCCGUAAGCGAACAAAAUUUUCUUGUCGCUCAUGGGAAUUAUAAAAUUCUUUUCAAUUCCCAAAAAUUAUUGAAAUUGAAAUAUUUUUAUCCUCAAACUCUGAAUGCAUUUGAAUCAUUUAUAGAUUUUGACAAUUUUAAUUUUCUCCCAAUUUAUGAAGAAUCUUCAGUAUAUUUAAACGAUCUUUUACCAUCAAAUUCAAUAAUAAUUCCUUCAGAAGAAAUGGCAAAAGCAUACUAUUUAUUAAAUACUAUUUUAUCACCAACCAAUUAUAGCCCUCAGUCUUUUCUUCAGCAUGUUCAGAUAGUAGGACCUUCAAGUUCAGGAAAAACAUCCCUUAUUAAGCAUUUUUUACAUAAGAAUUCAGAUUUAUUUUAUAGCAAACAUUAUACUUUCAACCCCUCAAUAAAAGGUUAUCAUUAUUUUGACAUAUUGCUUAAAAAAUCUAAUUUUUGCGAAAAAAAUAGCACAAUGCUUAUAAUAGAAGAUGUUCAUUUAGAUGAUAGCAAUUUUACUUUGGAAAGAAUAAAAUUUUGGAUUGAAAAUAAUGGGAUUUAUGAUCCUAAAAAGCUUUCUUUUGUCAUCUCAGAAAAAAUUAAUUUUAUAACCAGCACAAUACAAAUGAAUAUUCAAUGUAGUAAAAAUACAACUUCAAUUUAUAUUGAGACACCAAGCGACAAAAUUUAUAAGCAGAUUUUGGUAUCCUCGAUUUCAGAAAAUGCUGAUAGCGCAGAUUUUAGUAUAAAUAACUACAUAAAACCUAUAGCUAGCAUUUACCUAAAUACAAAAAACUAUCUUCAGAAUAACAAAUACUGUGGCAUAGAUAGAAUUAUUGAAAAUUUCAAACAGUUCUAUUAUUUCUCAACAAUUUCUGGAAAUGAAGCUAUCGAAAAAGAGUAUAUCAGCGAGCUUAUUAUGCAUGAGAUACAAAGAGGCUUUAGUGAUUUCGUAGCAAAUGAUCAAGAAUUUAAUAAAAACCUAGUAGCUUUGAUUAAUAUAAAACUUCGCACAGAAAUAAAAGAAGAACCAUAUCUAUUUUUCGAUUACACAGAAAAGAAUUCUAAAGAGUUUAAUAAUAAAAUUACAGUAGAAAGAUUGCCGAUUAUUCAACAAAAAUUAGCUGAAAAAAUGAAAAAACUAGAAAAAAAUUUUGAAGAAAACUUAAAUAUUAUGACACCUUUAUAUUUUCAAAACUCUUAUAUAGCUCAUGCACCUUAAUAGAUCUCUAUAACCCAGCAGAAUACCUAUCAGAAAAAAUAUGGUACAGGGCACCUGCCUUAUACAGUAUAAGUCUGAUUAGCCCCUUAAAACCAUAAACGGAGAUUUGUCAUUUUCGUUUUUACUUUUCAAAAAAGCUGACAAGUACAAAUUAAUUUUGGAAAUUAAAAUGGAUGGCCAAUAAUGAUUUAAAGUAUUUCAGAGGCUAUAUACAAACUUUAUAUGAAAAAUUUGUAGGAUACUUUAUUUAGAAAAUACUCAUAGUAUUUUGUGCGCUUCACCUGGAAAUCUUUCAUAUGAAUGCCUUCAAAUUGCAGCUUCUUUAACUGAUUCUAGAAUUUUAAAACCACAAGUUAAGCAAUUAAACGAUUUUCAGCACUUCAGGUAUUUUUUCGAGCAAAGCUUGAUUCAGGCUCUUGAAUGUGGCCAAGAAAACCCUUGCAUAUUUCUUUGUGAUCUCCAAUAUUUGAAAUCCGAGGAAUAUAUCAAACUUAUUAGUUGGUUUAUUACAACUGACUCAUGAGAUAUCAACUUGUUCUCAAAAUCGUUUUCAAAGCAUAUUUCAAAGCGAGAAAAAGAAAAUAAAUUCAAAAAUACUAAGCUCCAAAGCAAAACAUCAGCUAGUAUCAUGAGUACAAUUAAAAGAAGAUUCCACAUCGUUUUUAUUUUACCAUCCAAUAAAGAUUUUGAUAUUCUGUCAAAAGAUUAUCCAAAAUUAAUUUCAUGCUGUGAAUUCAUUAAAUUCGAUAAAAAUAAUCAUGAAGGGUUUCAAAAAUCUGAAUCAAGUAUAAAUAUUAAUGAGAUUAUAACUGAUAUCAUGCAAAUGAUUGAAAAUAAAUUCAAAAUUUUGAAUGAUAAAAAUACGAUGGAGAAACCUUUAUGUGAUAAGAACAAAUAUCCCGAUUUUCUAUGCCAAAAAAGGGUUUUGCUACUUAUGGAAAUUUUUAAUGAAAUUGCUUCUUAUAUAGAAAGCUUUAUUGAUUCGGUUAAAGAUAAUCUUAGUCAGUCUAUUGGGAAAUUUGAUGAUCUAGUAUUGAAAUAUCCAGAGCAUUCAGCUAGUUUAAAAGAAACUUUAAAAGGAUUGAAUCAAAAGUUAUCUAUAUAUGAAAAAUUUACUAGCACUCUUAUGACAGAUAGUCUUAUUUUAGCAUGCAAUUCUGUUUAUAGUUAUUGCCCGAGGAUGGCGCUAUCUUACGCCAUCCUCGGGCAAUUCAAAAAUGGCCCCACACCGGUAAUUGAACCCACGUGUGGGGCCAUUUUUGGUUCGUGGAGAACAUCGACUUCCACGCACCAAAAAUGGCCCCAUACGUGGGUUUGAUUCCCGGUGUGGGGCCAUUUUUUAAAUUGCCCGAGGAUGGCGCAAGAUAGCGCCAUCCUCGGGCAAUAACUAUAUCUUGGAAUUGUAAGUGCUGAAGAAAAAUUUGACAUAUGAAAAGCUUUGGCAGAAUUACUACAAUGCAAAGGGUUAAGUAUUGAUGAAUGCUGGAGAUCCAAUGAUAAAUCCAAAAUCAAACAAAAAUUCAAAAGUUUCGCAAAAAUUUUCAACAAAAAUCUGAAUGAUUCUGAUCUGUGCACAUUGAAUGCUCUUGAAGCUUUAAUAGCUUCAUCGCUUUCGAAAGGCUUAUCAAUAUUAAUUGAUGAACAUGGGGAAUUUGAUAGCAUUUUAGAAACAAAUACAAAAGAAAAACCUAUUAAGAUAGUGAGCUCUUCAAGCUCUUCAGAUAAGCUAUGAAAAGAUGGAAUUACUGUUGAUAUUCCAAUUUUCCUUUAUGAUUAUUCUGAAAUAAAUCCAGAAGGAGAUUUAGAGUCAUGAAAAAUAGGUCCAGGAUACACUCGUGAUGAUCCUACUUAUUGCAUUUUAUAUGAGCAAAAUAUUUUAAAUGUUUCUUCGUUUUCAAAACAGAUAUACUUAUUUAAGCCAAGAGCUGAUAUGUACCUUCCAUCAAUAUUUUAUUCAUCAAGCCUGUUUAGUUGGAUCUGCACUAUUGAUACCAAAAAAUGUAUUGAAAAACUGAUUGAAAUUUUAAUGAGCCAUUUGCACCCAGACGAGUACAAUAUAAUAUUAAAAAUGAAAGAAGAAAUAGAAAAUGCGAAAAAUCAAGUUGGUGAACUGAAAAAUAAAAAAAUUGCAGAAAUUGAGCGCUUUGAAGAUAAAAGCGACAUUAACUUACUAGUGAAAAUAUUGUCUGAAUUUAAUGAUAUGAAAGAACUUUUAAAAGAUAAGAAGAGUUCUUGCCACAAUUUUUUAAUUCCUCCUAUUAGUUAGUGAACAAAAAAUUAGCUCAUUUUUUGGAAAAAAUCAUCUUCGUUAUUAAGAAAAAAUUUUUUUGCAGGUAAUAAUUAGAUAUAUAAUUAAUGACGAUUAUGACAAAAUAUCCUUAUAAUUUUAGACAGCUUGCACUCUAGAAAAUUAUUUUAAUAACUUUUUAAUUAAAUAAUAUUGUUAAAAAAUAACCCUAUAAAGAUUUUUCGCUUCUUAGAAAGGGAGACUGUAAAAAAAAAUUUGAAAUCCUUAAAAAACAUUCUGAAUAUAUUUUAAUGAUAUAUCUAUCAUUGAAGCAGACAGGCAAAAUUACUGGAGAUAUUACUUACUCUUGAAAAACUUUCAAAACCAUUAUAUCAAUGAUUGUUUCUAAAAGUAUGAGAGACGCAAUUUUAGAAGCAAACGAGCAAAGCAUCGAAAGCUCCAAAGAAAGUAGUCAAGUUGUAAUCGAUGAUGAUUUUUUCAAUAGAGAAAUAAUGCCAGCUAUAUUUAACGCAAUAAAAAACGGCAUCCCACAAAUGCAUUCUUGCUUAUUUUCAUUAAUUUUUGCGUUAAAAAUUGCUGUGAAAAGAUCUGUGAUUUCUGAUAUGGAUUUUGCUUUAUUUGGAAAAUUUUUUGCAAAAAAUAAAAUUUCUUUAACAUGAAUGUCAAUUUUGGAUAAAGAAGUUCCAACAUGCGAUACCUGGAAAGAAAUAUACGGGGCUUUGACCACAGAAAUUCUGCCGUCCCAUCCUGAAAUUGAAGAUUGCAUUUUAGAACUAAAUGCAAAAAUAUCACAAAUGAAAUGCAAUAUGAAAAAAGUUUCCUCCAUUUUUAAAACAGUCCUAUUAAAUUCGGACUAUAAGAACUUGCCUGUAUUUUCAAGGAUAUUGAUUGCAGUUCAUUAUCAAGAUUUCACAUUAAAAUCCUUACUAAGACAAUUUAUUUUUGAGCAGCUGAAUUCGCUAUUUGAGUAUCAAGAAGAAUUUGCAAAAUUAAGCCACUUUAUAAAAUGUGCAAGCUGGUCUCUUCCAUUAGCAUUGUUUUCUAGGGGUGCAAGUCAAAUGACAUUGCCUUUUGAUACUGUCCAUUUCACCGAAAUAUUUUUGGCCGAAAAUUGUUGAAAAUUUUUGAUAGCGAGACAUUUGACCGAAAAAAAACCGUUAAUUUUCGGCCAAAUUUCGCACUAUUAAAGUUUUUUAGACCAAAUGUAUUCGACGAAAUGUACACUGUCAAAAAUCCACUGUCAUUUGACAUGGAGCCGUUUUCUAGCCCUGGAAUGAAUGUUGUUAAUACAAUAUGCUCAUUAGCAAAUUAUUAUGGAGUUGGAUUAGAAGUAAUAAGAACUGAUCCAGAAAUGGACCAAGACAAUAAAGGAGAAAAUUCAGAAACAGUUGAGCUUGUUUUGAGAUGCGCCACAGAAGGGACAUGGGUUUUGAUCUCUACCUCGAAAUUCCCAAGUUUUUGGAAUAAUGUGACGGAAGGCUUGAAAUACUUGAGGGAGAGCAGUGUUAUUAGUAAUACAUUCAGACUUUUUAUAGAUAUGCAGGGGCUGAGACAUUAUGAUAUACCAGAUCAAUUUUUACAUGAUGAAGCAGUGAGAUUUUAUAUUUCAAAAACAAAUAUGGAAGAUUUAGAAGGAUAUAAUGAUAUUUGGAGCAAUCUGUUGUUAGAAGACAUACUGAAAGUUGAAAGCUUAGCGAGAGGAGAAUCUACACUGUUUCCAGAAGAUUUUGAAUUAGACUUUGAGUAA